AUGUUGCCCCAACAGAGUGACACAGGCGUACAGUCUGCCGAAGUCUCAGUAAUAACCUGCACCGGUGAUAGAAGCGAAGUAAGCAACCUAACAACCGAGAAUAAUGAUUAUCGAGCCGAGAUUCCUGUCGCCAAAAUAGAUAUAAUAUCACCUAUUGAUAAUUCGUCGCUUGUGGAGCUUGAGAAUUUUAUUGACGAUUCAUUUUGUAAUAUUAUGAACUCCCGACACAGUGAAGUAACGAAGGGUACUGUGGAACAAGUAUUUGUAAAUUCUACCCCCUUUAAACAACGCGAGAGUGACAACGCCACUACAAAAAAUGCAUUAUUUGACAAUUUUAAAGAGAAGGUUGAAUAUGAAAUAUCAAAUUUAUUGGCUAAACUCACCAAGCAAGACGAAACUAUCAACAUAAAUAAGCAAGAUAUAUGCAAAUUGCGUGAAGAAAAUUUGCAUCUCAAAUCACGUAUCUCCAAAUUAGAAGAAAAGAUGGCCUCGGCCUCCAUAGAAAAAUUCCCUGGUGCUAUUGAAAUAUCUUCUGUCACACCUACAACGCAGUACGUCCCCAUAAGCACUAAGAAAAAGGCCAACGAAGACCGAAUACCGGAAAGUAAUGUGCCUAAUAUGCAGUCCAAUCCAGAAGUUAGUGUACCUACUUAUGAAAAUUUGACCUUGCAACCGCGAACCCAGCAGACAAAUAAGAAUCGUUACGACCGCCCACCAAAGAAUUCCACUCCUUGCCCAUUUCUUCUGCGUCGAGGUUGGUGUCGAAAGGGAGACCGAUGCGACUUUCAGCAUCUUAAACCAUCUCGCAAUACACAUAAACAUAAUGUCCCCUGUCCUUUUUUGCAGAACAGAGGCUUCUGUCUGAAAGACGAUCGAUGUGAUUUCUCCCACGCUUGGGUACCAACCAGAAGGUCGGUAUUAAAAACCACUACUAGUAGCCAUUUGCCACCUGCCUCUUUUUUAUCCCGAGCGCAAGUGCCAUUGCCACCAAACGUCCACACAGCCCAACCCCAGCAGCUCCAAACGUACAGCCUACACCCAUGGCGACCCCCAUCUUAUUCAAGGCCGUUAAUGGAAAUCCCACUACCCUCGUCCAGUUUUCCCCGAUUAUCCUCCCAGAUCCACCAAAACAGAUUUUACUAAAUCCUUCUAAACAGAGCUCCACUCCAUGUAUUGCCCUUGAGUCCUCUUCCACAUGCAUUCCUAUGCUUUUCCCGAUCAGCGAUCUACCAGAAUCCACCCCAUCACGAUACUCGUAUUCAGUCGAAAAAACUAAUACACUUGAACGCAUAAAAUUUAAGUCUACGUUACCCUCCACCAAAUACCAAACCUUUUAAUUUGUAAUCUCCGCUCCCUGACGUCCAAGGUCGACGAACUUGACGCUGUGGUGUCUUUUAACCAAACGGACAUGGUCUGCAUUACAGAGACUUGGUUAUCCCUGCAAUUCCUGACAAUUUGGUAUCCUUGUCCAAUUUCAAUCUGUUUAGGAACGAUAGACUGGUUUCAAACGGCGGAGGUGUUUGUGCUUACAUAAAUAGCAAUAUCUAUUGUAGACGAAUUGAGGAAUUUGAAAACUCUUCGAUUGAAUCACUGUGGUUAUCAGUGAGACCAAAGAAGCUACCCCGCUCUGUCUCGGUUAUCUUACUGGCUGUUGUUUACCAUUCAACAGCAUCCCGCCAAACUGAAAAUGUAGAAUUGUAUUCACACAUUCAAACCAAUGUGGACUCAUUUUUAUAUUCCCACCCUGAAGCUUUGGUCCUAAUUACGGGCGACUUCAAUUUUAGAAGCACGGGUCUCGAUGCAAACCAUCUUAAAAGAAUUGCUGGUCUGACGCAGAUAGUCAAGGUAGCUACCAGAGCUGAUGUAACUUUAGACUGGUGUUUAACCAACUCAAAGGUGGAUAAUAUUUACGAAUCAAUCCAACUUCCUCCCAUUGGAACCAGUGAUCAUUAUACGAUUCUUAUGAAAGCCCAACCUUCUCCCUCAAAGCCAGACAAUUCACAUAUAUGGAAACGCGAUCUCAGAGAUAGCAGGAUACGGCCUUUUGGACGAUAUAUCACUACAUUUGACUGGUCUCCUAUCUUGGACAUACAUGACUGUGAUACAAAAUAUGAAAAGUUUAACGAUACAAUGACUGUGAUGAUUGAAAAAUUCUUUCCCUUGGAACGGAUUAAAGUACGAAAGUGUGAUAAGCCUUGGAUGACGUCAUCAAUAAAGUCUGCUAUUGGGAGACGCCAAAAAGCCUUACACGAAAGCGGGAAAAAUUCAGAUAUUUAUAAAUAUUGGCGUAACAGAGUCCAAUCAUGCAUUAAAGUUGCACGAAAGAUCUACUAUAUGAGGUCAGUUGAGAAAUUGGAAAAUUCUAACCCGGCAAGAUGGUGGAAAGAAGUGAAAGCCAUUGGUGGUCUCUCGUCAAAAAAUUCUUGGUAUUCUCAGCUAUUUUCUGAUGAUGUUCGGAAUUGUGAAGAACUGGCCGAAAAUUUUAAUAACUUUCUUACUGCCCUUACAUCACAUUUUGACCCUCUAACUCUCGACGAAAUCCAGGAGGGCCUAGAAGUACCAAACCAUUACCUCGUUGACGCCCAACAGAUCUAUAUGAAACUUAGUAAAAUUAAAACCACAAAAUCACCGGGUCCUGACAUGUUUCCAAAUAAAAUCCUGAAAACAUUUGCCUUUGAGCUUGCCCCAGUUAUCUCAGACAUUUUCAACUCAUCCAUGACACAAGGCACCUUCCCAAAGGCAUUGAAGAGAUCUAUUGUAGUGCCUGUCCCUAAGGUAUCACCCCCAAAGAGUAUUGAAGACGACCUACGACCAAUAUCUUUAACAUCUCAGAUCGCCAAAGUUAUGGAGGAUUGUACUUUGGACAAUUUUUUUUCCUGAAGUUGUAAAUAAACUUGACACCAAACAAUUUGCACUCCCAAAGAAAUCAACGACCCACGCUUUGGUCUACCUUUUACAUUCAAUCUUGGUUGCUCUUGAGAGAGGUUCCUGUACUGCCAGAUUGUUCUUUGCAGAUUUCAAGAAAGGUUUUGACCUAGUAGACCACAAUGUUAUUAUUAAAGAAUUAACCCUGCUUGGUACCCAUCCCUCUAUAAUUCGGUGGAUUAAAGCCUUCCUCUGCGAUCGCGAACAAUGUGUCCGGGUGGGAACUUCUAUGUCCUCUUGGAAGAAAACAAAUGGUGGCUUGCCACAAGGUACAAAGUUGGGUCCAUUAUUGUUUGCUGUUCUCAUUAAUUCCUUACUCAAAAACUGGCCCAGUAGGAUCAAGUUUGUGGAUGACACCUCAGCCCUAGAGAUUAUACCACGUUUUUCAUCCAGUUUAAUGCCAUUAGUCGUAAAUGAAAUCUCGGACUACGCCUUAGAACGUGGAAUGGAACUAAAUUAUAAGAAAUGCAAACAAAUGUUGAUCAACUUUCUUAAAUAUAAAGGAUCUGAUGAUGAAAACCCGAUCUAUGUUGCAGGUAAACCGGUGGAAACUGUGUCCUCUUUCAAACUCCUAGGUGUAUGGAUAUCAAACGACUUGUCAUGGAAUACUCAUGUCGACAUGGUAUUGAAAAAGGCAAAUUCUCGCUUAUACGCAUUGCGUCUGUUAAAAAAGGCUGGUCUUCAAGCAUCUGACAUCGUCCAAAUAUAUAUCUCAUUCAUCAGAUCCAGAAUUGAAUAUGCAUCCCCUGUAUGGUCGUCAAUACCUAAAUCAUUAUCUGACAUUCUCGAAUCUGUUCAAAAGAGAGCAUUGAGAAUAGCUUAUCCAGAUCUGUUAUAUGAUGAAGCCCUUGAAAUUUCAAACUUACAGUAUUUGAGUACUCGUAGAGACAUCUCUUGCAAGAAAUUCGUCGAAUCUCUGCGACGUGAUGUUUCACCCUACAACCCUUUGACCCAAAUUAUGGAAAUUCGUCCCGGGGUAAAAACUCAUGAUUAUGACUUAAGGAAUGACAGAACGGCCGAACAACCUUUAUGGUCAGAAACCACUGAACGGUUAAAAAACUUCGUGACUAGGAAAUAUUAUUAG